UGGUGGACAACGUUUGCGUCGUGCGAGUGACUUUACUCGGGAAUCUAAGUUGCGAGUGUGUCUUGAGACGAGUUGCUGUCGUAUCUGGUUUAGAUAGAUUAAAAGGAGCUUAACCUUUUGGUUUACGUCAAUAGUACAUCAGAAGGAGGCGGUAGUACUCUAGUUUCAGUCUGAGUGGGCGAGUAUUCCGUCAUCUCUUUACUUUGUAACAUGUUAUGGUGGAUUUCUUACAUUACGCUUUGAAUCUACGAGAUUCAACUUGACGAAUGCCGAGUUGAGAUGUGGUCGAUCCGAUGGUUGGAGCAAAAAAGUGAAAACAGAGUUUUUAUGCAUUGGUGCUCUUUCAAUUUUUGCAGCUUGAUUCUGUGGAACAAAAAGAACUUGCGCGCUGUAGUAGAUCAACAUCUGAAGGUGCCAUUUACAAUUUACUCGAGAUGCAGCAUGCCACAUCGACAUUUCUGUUGUGAUGGAAUUAAUAGUGUAGUAGCUGCUCUCACAGCAUCAAGAAUAAUAUAUGAUUGUAGAGAAUCUAAAUAUUACACUUUGUCGAUAGUACGUACUACUGAUGCCGUUAUCCUAAUACAUCGAUAUAGAUAGCUUCUUCAUGUAAUUCUUACGGAUAGGCUAAGUCAUCAACACUAUCGCCUUCAUCGUGUAUGGUUGCGCUUUUAUAUCAAAGCAUUAUGUCCGUACUGUAUGUUGUAUUAUAUUGCCUGACUUCAGUGUUCGUAAUUAGAUUAUUGAAAUUUUGCUUUGACUUGUAAUGAUUUUAUUGUGCCAAUCA